ACAACGUUCUCUGUAGAAUACCGGAAGUUUAUUCCAAAGAGGAGCCCACCCCCUAAACCGGAACCGGAAAUAGCUGUGGCGCGAGUUUGAAAAUUGUUUACAAAAUAUUAGUAAAACCGGAGUUUUCGAGGUUGACUGUGUCACAGCCACUGAAGCGAUGGGAGUGAGCGACUUGUGGUCUAUCCUGGAGCCAGUGCGGGAGUCUGUGCCCCUGUAUAGCCUUGCUGGGAAGACCCUGGCAGUGGAUCUGAGUCUAUGGGUUUGUGAAUCCCAGUCCGUAAAAGAGAUGGCAGGGCGGGUAGCUAAACCCCAUCUCCGAAAUUUAUUCUUCAGAGUUUCAGCCCUCACACUAAUGGGCAUUAAGCUCAUUUUUGUCUUGGAAGGAGAGGCCCCACAAAUAAAGGCAGAGACCAUGAGCAAGAGAACCGCCCUGAGGUUUGGACCUUCCCGAAAGCCGGCUCCCAAACCGGCGCAGACCGGCAGAUCCCGCUUCAAGUUUGUCCUCAGAGAGUGUGCUGAAAUGCUGGACUGCUUGGGCAUCCCCUGGGUCACAGCCAAAGGCGAGGCAGAGGCCAUGUGUGCUUUCCUGGAUUCGUCCGGCUCUGUCGACGGCUGCAUCACUAACGACGGUGACGUUUUCUUGUAUGGAGGACAGACGGUGUACAGGAACUUCAACAUGAACACUAAGGACCCACAAGUUGACUGUUAUAAGAUGGAGAGAGUAAGGACUGAGCUCCACCUGGAGCGAGAGACUCUUGUGGGUCUAGCUAUACUACUGGGCUGUGACUACGUUCCUAAGGGAAUAGCAGGGGUUGGAAAAGAACUGACUUUGAAGCUCAUUCAGACUUUGAGCGGACAGACACUCCUACAGAAAUUCCGACAGUGGAGUGAUGACGACCAGGAAAUGCCAGAGAGACGUGUGAAGAAGGUCACCCACUGCCCCAUGUGCCGUCACCCAGGGACAGCGAAGGCUCACCAGCAGCGCGGCUGUGGGCUCUGUGGAAGCACACGGUUCUGCGAGCCCCAGGACUACGACUACCUGUGUCCGUGUGACUGGCAUCGUGCCGAGCUGACAUGGCAGAGUGGUACCGUCGAGUCCAUCGUUAAACGGAAGGCUUUGGCAUGCAAGGGAUUCCCUUUUACAGAGGUAAUACAUGAGUUUCUAGUGCCUAAGGACAGACACACUGAGAAUAUUACAAGAAGAAAACCUAACCUGUUGCUAAUGCAGAACUUUGCCCUGGAAAAAUUGGAGUGGCCAAAGCACUACACCAGUGAGAAAGUGCUGGUGUUGAUGACCUACACAGAAAUGAUGAACAUCAAGUGUGGCAGGAGGACUUCCUCCCCGAUAGAGCCCCUGCGGAUAUGCAAGACACGGGUGAGAAAUGGAAUUGCCAGCUUUGAAAUAAUAUGGAAGAAACCCGAGCACUUCCUCCACCCCGGAGACUGCCCAGACGAACUCAGGGAUGUGGUGACAACAAUCGAGGAGGAGUCCCUGUUCCGGUCUGCAUAUCCUGGCAUCGUAGAGCGAUUCUUGAACGAGAAGGAGGAAGCGGAGCAGAACAAACAAAAACAAAAGAAACGUCGAAAUGGGAAGAGAGAUGGCACACGUGAAGGGUCGGAUGAUGUCUCGGAGAUGUUUGCCCUGAUGAAUCUGCAUGGCUGUUCAGAAGGGAAGGUCGACUCUGCCACCGGGAAGCAGAGUACAUCCCCAUCUAGUAACGGAUCCUCUGACCAUUCACGUUCCACCGAACAAGGACAGGCGCCCCCUGCAGGCUGCUCUGGCCUCGGUCCUCCACCGAGAGCCCCAGCCAAUGAGGAUUCACCGUCCAAGCCUCCCUCAUUCCCCGGGACUGCACCCACCACAGUGUCGUCAUCUCCAUCUGAGUCGACGAUCAUCGGCGAGCUGCACUUGAGCGAGAUUGACUGGGAUGCCUGCUCUUUCAGCUCCUCUCCGCAGACUCAGAGCGGUCAGCGUGGGGAGACUCUCCCUGCAAGCCCCAGCCUGGAGGAACACUCCAUAGGAGUCUUGGGGCACUGCAGGGCGCCUGGAGGGGAACCUGUAAAUCCAUCUGGUGUAAGACACCCAAAUCGACCCUCUGCAGUCAGUUGUUCAGAGGAUUCUCUGAGAUGCAGAGUUUUAGUGAAAAAUGCCACAGGGCACCAAAAAGUGACUGCUGACGUGAUAACACGAACACACCAGACCCAAGGCUUACGGUCCAUUCCGAGCAGCGGUAGCAGUUCCACUCCAUCACAGCCGCUCGCUAAAGUAAACCAUACUGCCAAGCUUCUGCAGAGAGCCCAGACACUUCCCACGCCUCCUGGUGGCAGUGACGACGCGAGGAAGGGCACAGAGAGUUCCCUUUGUGGCCCAGAAGGCACGCACAUAACGACGCAGAAAUCUGAAGACCCGCGUCUGUGGAUCCGACCGUCCCCGAAAUACAGAUUUGUAAGAACGAAAGAUAAUGCUGGAGCAGGGCAUCAUGGGAAUAGUAGGGGAAAGAAGACUCGGGCUGUGAAAAAAAGCGUGUGCGACGGCUUGUGUUCGUCAAGCGACGACAGCAAUGCGGAGAAUGUUCCGGUGGUCAGAAAGACGACGACUGUGAAGGGGAAGCCUGGGCUCAGAUACCCACAUGGUGCAGAUCACCAACAGAGGACAGGGGACAGAGUCACACCUCAUGUCACCAUGAAGGGAACCUCUGACUGGGAUAGGGGGGGCUGUGGGCCUGCUGAGGAUGGGAACACCAUGGUACCUUCUGAUCUCAGAGAUGUUACUCAGAGCCCAUCCUGUCAAACAGGUCCCAGUGAGGGAGAUGACUCAGUCAUUUCUUUGGACAGCCCGCUGCCUUUAGCAGAGAGGCUAAAACUCAGAUUCAUUUAGGACACCUAAUCUGAAAGAAUGUUUAGCUGUUUUUAUAGCCUGUAUUUAAUCGUGUUCUUUAUCUGUGACCCAUUUAACGAGUGAUACCUUUUACUUUGCAUUUACAAAUGUCCUCAUUAAAAUUACGUAUGCAUUUUCCAAAUUAGAUUAGAGAAAUUAAUUAGGUUAGUCUCACUUUUAAAAGUAUAAAAUUUCUGUAAAAAUUUUGCAAAGAAAAGAAUAAUGAUUAUUAUAACGGUUUCAUAUAAAACUUAAGUGUACAAGAGGCAUUGGAGGUGUAUUUUCGUUUUGACUAUAAUGUGACAAGUCACAGAAUGCCCUGAUCGCUACGAAACGCGCUGCUUCCCAUGUCGUGGGAAGGUGUGAAUGUAUUUCGCCGUCACUUUCGCCAGCUUGGAAGACGCUCAGGUCGGAAUCUAUUGAUCAUGGGAGCUGUAACGAACACCUUUGUCAGACAUGAAAGAUUCCACUUUUUCACUUUCAAUAAACCCUGUAAAUAAGGUGUGUAAUGAAUGCGGGGCGCUUGUCAAAUGUUUGAAUUGAUCGACACAAAAUAAAACUAUCGUGGUCUGACCGAAUGAUACACUACUGCGGUUUGAACAAUUAUGAAAUGGUAACAAGGAGGAAAAAAAAUAAAUAGAUAAAAAUGGGUCUUUAGUAGUUACGAUUGCUAUUUGUCUUCCUAAGUUAACUAAUAACAAACGUAAAUCUUUAUUGCCGUCCAUUCUGUGAUCUCUGUGCUAAGUUGUUUUGAGUUUAUUAUGUUUGUCAUGAUGUAUCUUAUUUGGUGUUAGUUGCUUUGUAUAUAUUUUAUUUUGUCUAUGUUUGUUUUAUUUUUAAUAAACAGACACAACGAAUCAGUCCCCAA